AUGGUCCCACAAUCAAGAUCGGGAUCAUUCUCUCCACAUCCUUCACAGACACUGCAGACAGGAGCUGGGCAAUCGCCCCAUCCAUCGCAAUCUUCUGCGUUGAGUGCGGGCGCAAGUCCUAAUACGAGUAGUCCGACAGGGCCAAAUCCCCUGGUCAAGAUUGCAGUUGCACAGGUUUACUUACUUCUCGGCGCCAUCAAGGAGGACAAGGACCGCGCAAAGUGGGAGACACAAGCAGAACAACUACAAAAACUCAUCGAUGAACACGGCAUGGAGGUUUUUACAAAGUACUUUGCGCGCCUCGUGGCCGUCCAUGCCGCCCACAUCUUUCAUGGUCAGCCACGACCGGGGGCCAAUGGCAACUUCCAUCUUCUCGUGACCGAAGUGCAAAAGAUUUCCCACGACAUCAACCAGGCCACCAAGAUUGCCGAAUCCAUCGAGACAGGUACAGAAGAUAUAUUCCGCGACUUCGAUAUGUCUACGUUCAUGGAAGCAUUCAAGCUAGAUGCUCUGGAGAAGACGAUACUGGCAUUAGCCUUCAAAAUGGGAUCGAGAUCUGACCUCAAGACGAAGGCUGACGCCAUAUUGUCCACGAAUUUUCCUACAUUCGUCAACAUUCUUGCCCGACGCGAAAUAGAAGAGCAUGCGGAUUUGACGGAUCAGUUCAUUGCCAUACUCGUUGACCGCUUCAUUCAAUACCAGCCACCCAACUUCAAUGCUGCGUCCAAGGCCGAACUCGCCUAUAAAGUACAGGCAAGGUGGCAUGGAGAUCAAGCACCGCCUCCCUCCGAAGUGCUCGCGGCACUUGAUUUGGUCAGGGUGCUAGCCGACAAACCUCCGAAUGCACUCGCCACGUACAUUCAAAGGACCGGUGGUGACUUCACGAGGGACGAAGAAACCUGCGUAUCGUAUUUGCAGAACCGCCCGCCAAAUGUCCAGCUGAGUGAAGAGCAAGUUUCUAUUGCCCUUACGUACAGCACGAUUAGCCAGACACCGCCUUACGAUUCUUCGGUUCUCACUGCAUCUCUCCGUCGAGUCCUUCCCCCUUCCUUCCGAUGGCAAGACGUGGUCUCGUAUUUUGAUCAAAGAUCCGCCAGAAUCUCCUCGCAGCAGUUCUUGCGCCUCUACAAUGCCUUAUUGCCGAUUGCGCAGGACGAUCAAACAUUUGACAUCCAAAAGCUGUGGGGUGGCAAUUGGGAGCACCCGGAAACCCAGCUGUCUUUCAUUUGCGCAUUCGCCUCUCUACAACCUGAUCAGCUGGACGCCAGUACCAUCCCGGGCCUAGUUCCAACGUUGACUUUGGACACAUACGCCCAAUCCUUACCCGAGGUUCAACAACGCGCUGCGUUCGCAGUCAAGCAUGCUCUAGUCUCGGUCGAGGCUCUGUCGGCGGUGUUUCACGUUGCACUACACUCCGUACACGCUUCGCAGAGUGUUGAAGCCAAACGCCUAUUCCAAGAGGUCGUGGUGCCAAACUUGGACAUCUUUGUUGUAUCUGCAUUCGGGGUACCCAAGCCCUGGCCGACGAUGGCUGUGGACACGCUUAAUUCCCUUUUCGAGAGCUUCUUAUACAAGCGCUCGACCGAAUAUGAUUUCGUCCUUGACAGCUUAUGGAAGAAGGAUAAGGAAUGGGUGACCCAGCGGUUGAUUGAUGCCCAUGCUAUCAAACCAACCGACCUUCCCUUGAUAUUUGAGCACGCCCUGAAGCACAAAUGGCUCGAUGAGCUUGUGUAUUUGCCCAAUGGCUUUGGUCUUGACCUUGCAGCUCUGGCACAUGCCGAAGGGUACCUCGACUUGGUCAAUUGGGCUCGCCGCAACUCUGAGAGAAGCAACGAGGUUGCACGUUCCCUGCUACAGUUUUUGUUGAUCAAAGCGAACCUCGAACUACAAUUCCAGCGGCCCCCCGAUGGUCAACCCGCAGUCAAGUCCAGCACAACCCUCCAAGUGAGGACAGUGGCCGCCUUUCUGCAGAUCUUGGAGGAUUUCUUGCCAAAGACACCUCUGCAGGAUCUCAUUAUGGUGCAAAGAUCUUGCAUCACUGUUUACCCAAGACUGAUCAAUUAUGGCGAGGGUUUCGACGAUAUCAUUGACGCCAAUGGCAAAGAUGGAAAUGCCUUGCCUGCUGCCGCCAAUAGCAAGAUGGAAGAGCACUACAAGAAGAUGUAUGGCGACGAGAUCCAAGUCCGCAACAUUGUCGAGAUCCUCGAUCGAUACAAAAACUCUCGUGAUCCCCUGGAUCAGGACGUUUUCGCUUGCAUGAUCCAUGGCUUGUUCGACGAGUACGCUCAUUACGUCGAUUAUCCCUUGGAAGCUCUUGCAACAACUGCGGUCUUAUUCGGCGGUAUCAUAUCCCAUAAGCUGAUUUCCGAUCUCCCGCUCAAGAUCGGGCUUGGCAUGAUUCUAGAAGCCGUCAGAGACUAUUUACCAGAGGACUCGAUGUAUAAAUUCGGACUCCAAGCUCUGAUGCAACUUUUUUCUCGCUUCCGCGAGUGGCCCGGUUUCUGUCGGCAAUUGCUGCAGAUACCUGGCCUUCAAGGCACUGAGGCGUGGAAAAAGGCCGAAGAUGUCGUCAGAGACCACGAGGAAGAGCUUGCUCGAUCACGUAAUGGCAUAACGACACCUGCUCAUGGUGCCCCUCUCACCAGCGAACCACUGACGAAUGGCAAUGGGACGGAAGCCAGAAGCAUGGAGCGACAACCGCCACCGUUUACUUCCAUCAAUGCGUCUGAACGAUCUCCUGGUGUUGAUGUCGAGGAGCCCUCAGGCGACAUGCAAGGGAAAAUCCAGUUUGUUCUCAACAACCUCACCGAGACGACUCUACAGACAAUGUGUCAGGAACUGCGAGACAUCUUAGAGCACCGCUACCAGCAAUGGUUCGCGAGCCAUCUUGUUGAAGAGCGAGCCAAGAUGCAACCCAACUACCAUCAGGUCUACCUUGAACUGGUCAAACUCUUUGAAGACCGGGUGUUGUGGGGGGAGGUAUUGAGGGAGACGUAUGUCAGCGUCGCCCGCAUGCUCAACUCAGAGGCCACGAUGCAGAACUCGACUGAACGCUCUCACCUGAAGAACCUUGGUGGAUGGCUGGGUCUACUGACAUUGGCACGUGACAAGCCAAUCAAGCAUAAGAACAUUGCCUUCAAGCAGUUGUUGAUCGAAGCCCAUGACACCAAGAGACUUAUAGUUGUUAUCCCUUUUGUCUGCAAGGUUCUUCUCCAGGGCGCCAAUUCAACAGUAUUCCGGCCACCGAAUCCUUGGCUUAUGGACAUUAUCCACCUGCUCAUCGAAUUGUACCAUCAUGCCGAAUUAAAACUGAACCUCAAGUUUGAGAUUGAGGUUUUGUGCAAAGGCCUUAAUCUUGAUCACAAGAGCAUAGAACCUUCUGGAGAAAUACUCAACCGCGCUGCUGUCGAGGACACACAAGACGUGCUUCCACAGGACACGCUGGAUACGUUUGAGAACCUUUCGUUGAACGGUAUUUCAACUGGUGUAACAGCUGGUCUCUCGCCUCAGGUCAUCGCCGCUUCCAUCCCGGACCUCGGUCCUCUUAUUCACAUACCUCCCACGAACGAGAUGGUCGUUACGGCUACACGGCUGCACGAGAUCGUCCGCACUGCUCUCACCCGCGCUUUACAAGAUAUUAUCCAACCCGUCGUGGAUCGAUCGGUUACGAUUGCUGCUAUCUCUACACAGCAAAUGAUUCACAAGGACUUUGCUACUGAGCCUGACGAAAAUCGAGUUCGAACAUCGGCAAUCAGCAUGGUGAAGGCGACGGCUGGAAGCCUAGCGCUGGUGACGUCCAAAGAGCCUCUGAGAGCCAAUUUCACCAACUAUAUGCGGAACCUGUCGAAUGAUCUCCCGCAGGGUCUACCAGAGGGCACGAUCAUCAUGUGCGUCAACUCGAAUCUUGAUCUCGCCUGCAACAUCAUCGAGAAACAGGCAGAAGAGAGAGCGGUGCCCGAGAUCGAAGAGAUGAUUGAGCCCGAGCUGGAGGCACGACGUCGCCACCGUUUGCAACGGCCCAACGAGCCAUAUGUGGAUGCGUCGCUCAGUCGAUGGGCCUGGACGAUUCCUAACCCAUUCAAGCUGUCACCAAGUAUGGGUGGCUUGAACCCUGAACAAAUGGCUAUCUAUGAGGACUUUGCCCGCCAGCCUCGCAGCACUACGUCCAAUGUCCCUUCCCAUGUUCCCUCAGCUUCUGACGCAACCCGUUCGCUUGCCAACGAAGUUCUGCAGGACCAAUUUUCUACUGUGCCCGGCUUGGGUGCCGCUGCAGAGGCGCCGGCAGUUCAGCAUCUCAAUUCCCAAAUCCAAUCCUACGCCCCAGUCCACAACGGAGCGAUGGCUAGCGCGAGACCCCAGGCAUUCCAGAUGGAUGGCCGUGCGUUGAUUGAUCGUGUCCAAAAGCUUCUUAUGGAGCUCCAGCGUGUUGCCACCGAGGCCCGCGAAGAGCACUUCACAGAUUUGCCUCGACCUCAUCCUGUUCUUGAUGUUGUCGACGCCUUGGUCCAGCACAUGAUCAAGGCGUCGCAAACUUCUGAAGAGUUCGCCAUCUACGCGGCUGACCAGAUAAUCCAGCUUAUCUUUACCCAGGUCGAGGACAACCUAGCCCUGGAGAGCUUGGUCCACGUUCUCGAGACGUUGAGGAAGAUUUCUGGUCCAACGCUGAACAACCGCGUAACUGCUCUGUUUCGCCAGCAGCCUGGAUCGACGUUUCUGACUUUACCUCUUCUUGCUGCGCUGUUGCGCACAGACCUUCUUGACUGGAGAAACAUUGACUUGGCAAUGUCCAAAGUGCUUCAGCAAAGGAAAGAAGGGUCACUGGAGUUCUUGGAACAAAUGGUAGAUCUGACUCUUCUGGCCAACCGACCAAUGGCACUCUACGGAGACUUCGUUCGAACACUCGAGGCCGCUUGGUCAUGGAUACAAGAUCAGCCGGAAUCGAUAAUCGGACAGCGCUUGAAGGCAAAGCUUUGCGGCCAGACACUGCCGCAGACUUCCCAACAAGAGUCUGACAGCGCCGUUCACCAGGAUCAGAUGGAGUAUGUUUUUGAUGAAUGGAUUCAUCUCUGCAACAAUCCCAACGCAUCGGAGAGCUCUGCGAUUCUGUUUGUUGAACAAAUGCAGAUGAGGGACGUGGUCAAGACCAAAGAUGAUCUCUUCCUAUUCAUCAGAAUUGCGGCAGACAUGUCGGUGGACAGAUUUGAACACUUCCUCCAUACGACAGGAACACUGACGGAUGCUUUCCUCGCAAUUGAUGCUCUAGCCAAGAUGAUCAAUAUCUUCAUCCGGCUACAUGACGAAACUGAGCCCGCUCCAACACCCAGUCGCGCGGUGUAUUUGGACUCUAUCCUAGCUUUCAUCACCCUUGUUCUUAACCAUCACCACGUGAAGCGCGCCGAACACUUCAACCAAAGAGUCUUCCAUCGCCUGUUAUCGGUCCUGCUGUACGAGAUCAAUUCAACCGCUGAGCAGCUUUCCGAGGCCGAGAAGUCCGGAUUAUUUAUCAAGUUCGCUUCUAGACUCGUCGAUCUGGGACCAAAAUACCUCCCGGGCUUUGUAUUCGGGUGGCUUUCUCUUCUCCAGCACCGCGUAUUCUUGCCCACCGUCAUGAAAGACCGUGCUGGAUGGAUCGCGUUUACCAGACUCUUGCAGCUACUUCUUGAGCACGUCGGAGAGCAGGUUAAGUCGAUUGAGCCUUCCAAUGUGGCGCGAGAGAUCUACCGCGCAACGCUCAAGCUUCUCGUCGUCUUGCAGCACGAUUACUCCGAGUAUCUUGCGGCCCAUUCGCAUCAGCUUACGAUCAGUGUCCCGCCACACUGCAAACAACUUCUCAACGCCAUUUUAACGGCGAACCCAGCAACUCAUCCCAAACUGCCUGACCCAUCGUUCCCCGGAUUGCAAGUCGACCGGUUAGAUGAGGCUCAGGAAUCACCUGAGAGCUUGGACAAUUCCGCAGCUAUUCUUCGGGACCUAGGAUUGCUUGAUAUUCUCGACCAUGCGUUGCAAAACGGUCCCUCAGAAGAUACUUUGGCGCAUAUCGCCCGAGCCAUCACUGAAAACCCGCGUCUUGACACCGGUUUCGGGCAUGUGCCUAUCAAUGCCAACCUACCAGUGAUUGAGGCAGUCACGUUACACGUCGGCAAUUACGCUGUCGAGCAAUCGACGCAAAAGGGUACCGAUGUCUUCAACCCGGCAUCGUCAGACGUAGCUACUAUGUCUCUACUGCUCCACGAGCUGUCACCCGAGGCGCGCUACUUUCUCAUCACUAGCAUAACCAAUCAGCUUCGGUUUCCAAACGCCCAUACCAACUACUUCAGCCGGGUGUUGUUGGAAAUCUUUGGCCAGGACAUGAACGACCCGGAGGAGACGGAGAUUCGGCAGCAAAUCACCCGAGUGCUUUGGGAGCGCCUCAUCGGGUACUGGCCUCAGCCGUGGGGUCUCAUGGUGACGGUUGUCGAGUUGCUCAAGAACGAGAAGUAUAUGUUCUUCGACCUCCCGUUUGUGAAAUCAAACCCAGAGGUCGUCGAACGAUUCCAUGCCAUUUUGCAGCGCACAUGA